UAACACUGUUAAUUGUUGACAUCAAAACAGCUGUAAAAAAGGCGGCAUCGUUCGCAGUCGGUUUUGUGUAGUGCAGAAAAAUUAUACCUUGUCUAGUUUCUGAGUUUUCUUUGAAAAGGCUAUCGCUAGUUAAAAUAAAAAAAGACAAAUGCCGGUAUUAAUAAAAACCCAAACAUCUGGCGGCAUUAAAGAAUGGGCUAUUGUAGAACUGCAGGGUGACCUGGAGGUGAGAACAAGUGAAGAUAUGCACGAUCAAUUUGUGGGCGAUCUUUACUACAAUAAAUAUGGGCAACCAAUUUUAAUUAUAGGUCAUCAUAUCCUGCAGGGAAGAGAACAAAAGUUAGAAAAACCAUUUGCCGUUUUAGAAAAGUCCAAGACCAAUGAAGGCCACCACCUGCUAGAUCAAACGACCAACAACUUGAAUGCUAGUGUCAUGAACAGCACAGUUGAUCGUACUUUUCUGGAUAAUACAGUGGCAUUGGAGAACAAAAGCAAACAGCGUACAGAAUAUACGGUGCAGGCCAUUGUUACCAAAAAGUUAACAUUCAAAUCUAGACCAAAACCUAUUAUAGCUAAUGUUGCAAAGAGUGUUUAAAAUAUUAUAAUCAAAUAGAUAUUUUGGUAUUUA